UAUAAAAUAGUGGCAAACUUUCCGCCAUCGGCCCGUGCCGCCAUAAUGGUGCGCAUGAAUGUCCUGGCUGAUGCUCUGAAGAGUAUCAACAAUGCCAAAAAGAGAGGCAAGCGCCAGGUUCUCAUCAGGCCGUGCUCCAAAGUCAUCGUCCGGUUUCUGACUGUGAUGAUGAAGCAUGGUUACAUUGGUGAAUUUGAAAUGAUUGAUGACCACCGAGCUGGGAAAAUUGUUGUGAACCUCACAGGCAGAUUGAACAAGUGUGGAGUCAUCAGCCCCAGAUGUGAUGUGCAACUCAAAGAUCUAGAAAAAUGGCAGAACAACUUGCUUCCAUCCCAUCAGUUUGGUUUCAUUGUACUGACAACCUCAGCAGGCAUCAUGGACCAUGAAGCAGCAAGACGAAAACACACAGGAGGGAAAAUCCUGGGAUUCUUUUUCUAGGGAUGUGAUACAUAUGUGGAAAUAAAAUGCCUCAAAGGACAAAAAAAAAA